AUGACCUCUCCCUUGCCAACGUCGCCUCGCGCGUCCACCUCGACAUCGACAUCGCCGUCGCUGGCCCCACGCGACCAUGCCGAACCACCUUCACAUCAUCUCUCUCCGCCAUUACGGGCCACUACACCGGUCAGAAGGCCGUCGCUCAAUAGGGCGUUCAGUAUCCUCUCGAACCAGUCGCGUGCGGGAUCUCCUCCACCACCACAUUCGCCCUCUUUUGCCCCAGUUCGGUUUCCAGAAACGGGAGUUGAGCUCGACGCCGAGAUCGAGCUCGAACGUACCCUAUCCCGAACAACGUCAUUGAAUAGCCACGAUGGGCGGCCGCCAUCGCGCGCCCGCUCCCCGACGAUUGCGGAGGAGGACGAGCCGUCAGAUGGCACGACCACUACGACAACAACCACAGAUGAAAAAGAUGUCGGUGCAGUCGAGGCGCAGCGCGAACCCGACAUCUACGACCGUUUCUCGCCACAUCGCAAGCAUAUCAUGAUUGCCAUUGUGUCAUUCUCGGGAUUCCUUGGACCGGUCGCGUCCUCAGCAUUCCUGCCGUCCAUCAACGUCAUGGCUGACGAGUUGAAUACAACACCUGAGAUUAUCAACUACACCGUCGCCAUUUUUAUUAUUACGAUUGGCAUCGCGCCGCUCUUCUGGUCUCCCCUUGCGGGCUUCUACGGCCGUCGGCCAGUCUACCUCCUCUCCAUGCCUAUUAUGACUGUCGCGUCAAUCGGCGUUGCGAACUCGCACACAAUCGGCCAAAUCAUCGGCACACGUAUCUUGCAAGGUAUCGGCUCGUCUUCCGUCCUCGCCGUGGGCGCCGGCACAGUCGGUGACCUGUACCGGCCGACGGAACGCGCCAACGCCAUGUCGUGGUUCUACUCUGGCAUCGUCAUGGGACCCGCUCUCUCCCCAGUUCUCGCGGGUAUUUUCACACAAUACACUCCCAUCACCUGGCGCGCGACGCAGUACUUCCUCUGUGCGGCGUCGGCGCUCUCCGUGGCACUCACAUUCAUGUUCCUGCCCGAGACGUCUCACCCGCCUCUCCCGCACGAGCGGAUCAAGAAGGAGCGCCAAGUCAAGUUUGUGCCGUACUGGUUCAAUCCUAUCCGCUCAGUCCUGCUUAUGCGGUAUCCCAAUAUUGCCCUAGCAACAUUUACGAGUUGUCUAAUCAUGGUCGAGCUAUAUUGCAUCAUGAUCCCGCUCUCGACUAUCUUCAAAACGAGAUACAACCUUUCCAACGUAGCCCUCGCGGGGUGUAUCUACCUCGCCCACGGAGUCGGGACGCUCCUCGGAGCCCGCAUUAUCGGGCGCUACGCCGACAGCAUCGUGCGGAAAUGGAUUGAGAAACGGGGAUAUCGCAAACCCGAAGACCGACUCCGUGCGGCCUUAAUCGGAACGACACUCAUCCUCCCCCUCUCCUGCUUUACGUAUGGCUGGCUUCUGUACUUUAACAAGGGCGGUAUCGCGCCCCCAAUCGUCAUGCUCGUCAUUAAUGGUGUCGGCACGCAAAUGUUCUUCACCCCGCUCAACACGUAUCUUGUCGACGCGAUGCAGAAGCGCUCGGCAGAGGCGAUUGCCGUCAACAACUUUUUCCGAUACCUUUUCGCCGCGGCUGCCUCGGCGUUCGUCCUGCCCAUGAUCAACAGUAUUGGGCUCGGGUGGACGAUGACUAUCGGCGCGGUCUGUUGUUGGCUCGGAGUCGGGCUUAUUUUGGCUACGAUGCGGUGGGGAGAGGCAUGGCGCGAGGCGGCAGCUGCACACCUCAACGAGAUUCCGGUCGCAGAGGACGGCGCAAAGCCCAUCGUACAAUCCGAGGAGAAGGUGGGCGGCGCAGUGGACGUCCCGGAAUCGUCCAAGGAGAAGAACGAGCAGACGACGGAGAAGGGUGCGUCGCGCCGCCCGUCGGCCGGCUCAGAUAACGAGCACCAUGACGAGAGGCACGAGGAACCCGGUGUCCUUCCGACAGCCAUCAAGCGGAAUCGCACGCGCGGCAACACGAUCGGCGGCGGGGGACUAGCCCGCGCAUCCUCGCGACACAGCACAAAAUCUCUGCCCACAGUCGGCGAGGUUCUCCAGCGCACGGUUUCUAUCAGUGGCGCCAGUGUGCAUGGUUAG